CACCUACAAGAGGUAACCGGAAGUACAAUCACACGCGAGCAACGACGUGGAGGAAAAAGAAUUCUCGUCUGCCUGUUGUGAGGUCUUCAAAGUUUUACUAAGACGAUGAUGUGAUUGCUGCACAUUGUCAACGUACUGCACUGUUUGGACCCAAUCUUUAUGACGCUUCAACUAAUCUGAUGACCACAGAAGCAAACGAACUGAAAGGAAUAUCUUCAAGAAGAUGGGUGCCACCAGCAGCAGUUUGAGUGAGCUUGCUGAUAAUGAAUAUCUCAAGCGCCUGUCAAGCACAGAACCAAUCCACCCUAUGGAUCCCUUCUGGAAUCAGCUCCUUUCAUUCUCAUUUCUCAUCCCAGUUACAAGUGCUGAUGCCCGGUUACUUGAGGAUUCAACUUCACUUAUUGCACGCAACUUUGCAAUCAACAACUGUCACACAGGAAAUUUGCGUUCCUUGGUACACUGCUUUAUGAUGCGUGCCACAGAACUGAAAGCGUCUGCACAGUGUGAAGAUAAUAUCUUCAUCUGGCAGACCUAUAACUCCUUGUUCAUCAUCCGUAGUCUCUGUAAAUAUUUUGUUGAGCAUCUGUCAGAAGAACUGUUAAUUCAACAGUUUGACUGCCGACCCCCAAACCAAGACGGUUCACCAGCAGAUGACACAGACGACAAAAUUGGAGGUCAGAUUGAGAAUUUCAUUACAGCGUUGGUGGAGCUGCUUGUAGAUGUGCCUGUUUUAAACUUCACUUAUGCACUUCACCUAGAGAGUCUCAACACACUGCUUGUGCUGCUGUCUAUACAGAUGUUUCAACCCCAGACCUCUUCACAGUUUUCCAUCUACAGAUUUCUUAUGCAAGGUCGAUGUGCUAUCCAUGCACCACUUUUGAUGAAAGUUUUACUGUGGAACUACAUCAACCAGGAAAAGUGCCCUCCAGAGCUCUAUCGCACCAGUGAUGAGGCCAGUCUUCUCUCUUCUGUCACCGCAGCUGUUGCUUCUAGCCUCUGGUCAGUAGUGACACUGGGCAUGGGUAAAAAGCCCAAGAAGACAGAGGAGACAGAGUAUUCAGAGACUUUAUUAGCCAAUCAAAGUCUUCUUUUCAUCCUGGUGUUGGUUAAUCACUGUACAACAGAGAGAGUAGGUGUGAACAACCCAUAUCGACAGGCCCUGUUCUCCUUCACAGAUUCAAACCAUGAGUUAAGUCCAACACAGGCUGCAUCAACUUUUCGGUUGGAGUACAGCAAAUUGUACGAGACACUUUGCAACACUUUGCGAGAUGACCAGACGACAUUGUUACUCUACCUUCUCAUUCAUCAGAAUGCAGGCAUGAAGGCCUUCAUCCUGUCGCGUACAAAUAUCGAUGCUCUGGUACUUCCGCUGUUGAGGAUUCUGUAUGGUGCUCAGGAGCGUAACUCUCAUCACAUCUACAUGGCCUUGAUCAUACUUUUGGUGCUAAGUGAGGAUGACCUCUUCAACAAGGCUGUCCAUGAAAUUACCAUCCAGAAUGUCAGCUGGUUCAAAGAGCGAACCCUGUCAGAAAUCACUCUAGGCGGGCUGUUGAUUCUGGUUGUAGUCAGAACCAUACAGUUUAACAUGACACGCAUGAGGGACAAGUACUUGCACACUAACUGCCUUGCUGCCUUGGCCAACAUGUCUGCUCAUUUCACCAACCUUCACCCUUUUGUUGCACAGAAAAUUAUCAGCCUGUUUUCUCAGUUGUGCAAGCGCCACACACGUCUCAUUGAGCAACUUCGGCAGACUGCAGUGGAACCUGUACCUGAUGAAGAUGGGGCAGAGACACAUGAAGACCAGUUGCAAGAUCUGAAUGUCUUGGAGGAAGUUCUACGGAUGGUGCUGGAGAUCAUCAACUCAUGUGUUACCCAUUCACUGCACCAUAACCCUCACUUGAUCUACACUCUUUUGUACCAGCGUAACCUGUUUGCGCCCUUCAGGACACACCCAACCUUUCAGGAUAUUAUUCAGAAUAUUGAUACAGUGCUAUCGUAUUUUUCUGCUCGCCUGGAUAAAAAUGGUACCAGCUUAUCUCCAAAACAAGUCCUCGAAAUUAUCAAAGAAGGUGCCUUACAGUUUCGUCGGGAUCGACUUAAGAAAUUUCCAGAACUGAAGUUCAGAUAUGUAGAGGAGGAGUCACCGGAGGAGUUUUUCAUUCCAUACAUCUGGUCCCUGGUUUUCCAUUCAUCUAAUUUGUACUUCAAUCCCUCACGCAUUCUUCUUUUCUCCCUGGCCACAGUAGACCCUCCCACCACAUAGAGCAUUUGGCCAACCAGGCUGUCUCUGGAGAGGUGGUGGUGGUAUUAUUGUUCAUGCAUGCACACCCUUGAGGCUGUGUGAAGAAGAGAAAGAAGGGAGACACCAGUGUACUUGCAGAGAGAUUGAGGAGAUAAAAGGGAGGGUGAACAAGAUGCAGCCAAUAAUUGGGCAGUUAUCGCUUGCCGUUUUCCUUGAUUACAGAGGCAAAUGAAAUCAGCUGUGAGCAUGACUACAAAUUCUUGUAUACGUAUGCAGGCAUAUAUGUGUCUGCAUGUGCAGCAGUUCUGGAUGCUGGAGGGAAUGGAAUGCAUGUGAGAGAGUUUUUGUGUGUGCAUAUAUAUUUAAUAUAUUUAAAAUUAUAUCAUCAAACAAAAUCUGUUAACAAGGACUAUUACACAAGCCGAGCAAUUGCAUGCUGCAUUACAAAUUGUGUUCAGCCAUUGUUUUGGUUCUGAUAAAAGUGUUUCAGUGAUUGUUUGAAGUUGUCAAAUAUGUGAAAGUAAUGAAAAUUUGAUAAAACAAACACAGCUUGAGGAGUAUUUGUGCCAGUAUUUAGCUCCUGUAUCCAGCAUACAUACACAUACCUUUCCCUGUUUCCUCUUCACCCACAGAAAAACAUUAACUUUAUCUUCAAAAGUCAUAUAAUCAUCCCCAGCUCACUGGCUAAGUCCUGUGUACUCUGUAAAAUGUUCCAUGAACAUCAGGAUUAGCAAACCAACAAAACAACUGUCCUUAGGCUCAUUUUUAUUUCAUUUUGGAUAAGGAAUGUUACCUGUAACUUCUGUACACUCAGAUAUUUAUUUGUGAUAGUAAGUUUUUAUUGUGUAUAUAUAUAAAUACAGCUUACUUUCAGACAAAAAUUCUGAUAAAAUGCCAUAUUUGUCCAUUUCAUCCAUCAUUCAUCUAUUUCAUCGGCCAUUGUAUAUCACCACCUGUUUUUUCUUCCACCUCCCCCAUUAUCAUCCCCAAUUUCUUUCAUCAUUCCUGCCUUUAUUCUUAAUGCUUUUAAACUUACAUAUGUCCAGUCUGUUUGUCUAGAUGGGACAUCCAUUUUGUGAUAAAUAAUGUGGCUUUAUGUUGAAGAGGGAUGAUGAUCAGUUGGUACCCAUGGGAUAUUGCACUUUUUAGACUCUAAUCUUGCUGUCACCAAGAAGCAGAGAAUUAAAAGAUUCUUUGGUGAUGGACAAGAAAAUUCUUGGAGCUUUUAUCUUUUCAUCUGCAGCAACAAGCUAGACUUGUUAAUAAUCAGGUAAUAAAUCAGUUUCCUGUAGUGGAGGGGUGUGUGUGCACUUGUGCUUGCUAGAGAGGAGGAAUCAUACAAAUGUGUCCAGCAUGUAUACUGUGAGUUGUAAAAUAGGUGGUUGUUUCUCAAAAAUAUCAACACCGAUCUCUUUCCAUAUUUUUCUCUUUGGAGUCAUAAAAUGCUUUUAUUGACAUGGACAUAAAUAUUCACUUUCUCGCCAUCUUAUAUUUGUUCCUUACAUAUAGCUUCUCUUAGUCUUUUCUUUCCUUUCUACUGUCAACAUCUUUUUCAUUUUUUCUGCCUUUUGUUUUUAAGACUGGUUUAUUAAUUUUAUAUGGUCUUUAAAAUUUCUGACAGAGCUGAUGUUUUCCGUGAUGCUAAGAUGGACCUAAUAAACAUGGCUAGCACCACAUGCAUUUAUCUGACAGUUACCUGUCAUAUUUUAUAUGAAAACUUGAACAGUUAGUGGUUGAAAUAUUGUGCCAUUUUGCAUCAGUACUCCAUUCAGAAAUACUGUAAAAUCAUUUCACCAUCACCAUGUGCAUGCAAAAUAUAUCUGAUGUCAUGUUUUUGCAUCCAAUUCUUUCAUGGAACAUAUUUCAGGAAGGGAAUGUUGUUAUUGUUCAGGUUUUUUAAAUGAUCUACUUAGGGAGCAUAAAAUAAACUGGAGAAACCAA